GGCCGAGAUAGCGAGUGAGCGAGCGAACGAGUAGCGACCCCGGGGUCUAGGGAGCGAAAAAGAGAAGAAGGGGAGCGCUCGGGCGCGAGCGAGAGAAACCGCGAGCGCCGGGCCUGGGUUCGCGCCCCGGAACGGCUGAGGAGCUGCCGCUCCCCUCCCCCUCCCCGGGCCCGGGCCCAGCGCGCCAUCCUCCCCUCCCUCCUCCCCUCCCUCCCUCCUUCCUCCCUUCCCUCUCCCUCUCCCCCUCCCCGCCGGUGGAUGGGAGUGAAGGACGGAAGAGGCCCUGCGGAGGCGGCGGUGCAGCGCUCGGGUGGAAUGAAUCUUACUUGCUGAAUAUCUCCUGGUUACUGGUUGAAUUCACUUAUAAAAGAAUCAUCUUCCCCUGCGUGGAAGUCACUUAGUGGAAUAUUUAAUUACAAAUCCAGGGAUUGCAAAGCCUUUUGAUUUCCCAAAGGAAGGGGACAUACCACUAUAUCAAAUAAGCUUGACAUUACAGCCAAAAUGGUGCUGUCCCAAAGACAACGAGAUGAACUAAAUCGGGCUAUAGCAGAUUAUCUUCGUUCAAAUGGUUAUGAAGAAGCAUAUUCAGUUUUUAAAAAAGAAGCUGAAUUAGAUAUGAAUGAAGAAUUAGAUAAGAAAUAUGCUGGUCUUUUGGAAAAAAAAUGGACAUCUGUUAUUAGAUUACAAAAGAAGGUUAUGGAAUUAGAAUCAAAACUAAAUGAAGCAAAAGAAGAAUUUACGUCAGGUGGGCCUCUUGGUCAGAAACGAGACCCAAAAGAGUGGAUUCCCCGUCCACCAGAAAAAUAUGCAUUGAGUGGUCAUAGGAGUCCAGUUACUCGAGUCAUUUUCCACCCUGUGUUCAGUGUUAUGGUCUCUGCUUCAGAGGAUGCUACAAUUAAGGUGUGGGAUUAUGAGACUGGAGAUUUUGAACGAACUCUUAAGGGGCAUACAGACUCUGUACAGGAUAUUUCAUUUGACCACAGUGGCAAGCUUCUGGCUUCCUGUUCUGCAGAUAUGACCAUUAAACUAUGGGAUUUUCAGGGCUUUGAAUGCAUCAGAACCAUGCACGGCCAUGACCACAAUGUUUCUUCAGUAGCCAUCAUGCCCAAUGGAGAUCAUAUAGUGUCUGCUUCAAGAGAUAAAACUAUAAAAAUGUGGGAAGUACAAACUGGCUACUGUGUGAAGACAUUCACAGGACAUAGAGAGUGGGUACGUAUGGUGCGGCCAAAUCAGGAUGGCACUCUGAUAGCCAGCUGUUCCAAUGACCAGACUGUGCGAGUAUGGGUCGUAGCAACAAAGGAAUGCAAGGCUGAGCUUCGAGAACAUGAGCAUGUGGUAGAAUGCAUUUCCUGGGCUCCAGAAAGCUCAUAUUCUUCCAUCUCUGAAGCAACAGGAUCUGAGACUAAAAAAAGUGGCAAGCCUGGGCCAUUCUUGCUAUCUGGAUCCAGAGACAAGACUAUUAAGAUGUGGGAUGUCAGUACUGGCAUGUGCCUUAUGACCCUUGUGGGUCAUGAUAACUGGGUACGUGGAGUUCUGUUCCAUUCUGGGGGCAAGUUUAUUUUGAGUUGUGCUGAUGACAAAACCCUACGUGUAUGGGAUUAUAAGAACAAACGAUGCAUGAAGACCCUCAAUGCGCAUGAACACUUUGUUACCUCCUUGGAUUUCCAUAAGACGGCACCAUAUGUGGUUACUGGCAGUGUAGAUCAAACAGUAAAGGUGUGGGAGUGCCGUUGAUUGAGUCUCUUUUGGCCCCUCCUCCUGAUUUUCCUCUGGAUGCACUCUGAUGAUACCAUGGUUACCCUAUUGAGCUCUGUUUAAAUAAAUAUUGUCCUUUCAUGUAAAUUAUUCUGGAUGUAGAUUGAGCUUAUUAAAUGUUACACACAAAGUAUUCAUGCAUGGUGAAUCCAAAUUGUAUACUGUAAAUUUACAUACGUUGUCUAGAAGUACCAUAGGGUUUAAAAACCUGGGCUGGCAUUGGUCACACCAGGCCUAAGAAGGCAGAAAUUGAAUAAUUGAACUAGGGCACUAAGCUGAAUAAAUUGACAGUGUCAUUUUAUGUUGGAUUAUUAAUUCCUGUUUUUCUUUCUGCUAUCUGUUGGUGCCUGACUUAAUGGCCUCAUUUGGGGGAAAGCGGUGGUUAUUAGGGUUUUUUUCUGAAAUGUGUAUUUAUGUAACAUCACUUAAGUGUGCUUAAUAAAUCUUUAAGGAUGUUAGAUAGAUAAUAAGGCUACAAUUCAAAAUCUUCUGAACCAUCUAUGUAAUUAUUGAGGAUUACACAUGGAAUUUUUGUCAUGACACAUUUGCCAAAUCAAUAGGAUACAUUUGUUUUGGCAGCCUAUCAAGCAAAGGCUAGUGGUAUAUUUGUGUAAGAAAAUGAGUGUAAAUCUCAAAUAAGAAAAAUUUCAGCAGCUAAUAGCAAAUCAUUUAUUUCAUUUGGGUCUUAAUGCUUUGUAAGCAGAUUAAAAAAUACUGUAAUACUGUAAGCUUCUAUUCUCCACAUUAAACACACUUCUAGUUGUAUCCUCCAUACUACUAGACUGUGUAGUGAUGUGACUUCCAAGUAGAAUUUAAUCUUCCCAUUGAGUGUGUCAUGAUACAAAUCACUAUUCAUUUUUGAUGUUUUUUAGAGAUGUGCAAUGUGCAUUACAUAAUGACAGAAAGAUUGAAAAGCUUAUGUAUGCUCAUUUUAAGGGAGAGGGAGAAUAUAGCAGUUUUGUUUUUCAACAGGAAUCUGACCAAUUUGAACUGUGUUUAACUUGCAAGUUAAAAAUGACAGGGUUUAAUGGAGCGUGCAUAAAAUGUACUGUGUUUUCACCUUUUGUUUAUAUAUAAAUGUUUAUAAGCAUAUGGACCUAUCUAUUAAGUGGAUAAGUCUGUAUAUGUAUAUCACACACAUACAACCUCCAUGUCCUUGGGCCCUGGGUUUUUGAAGAAGUGCUAAAAUACACAAAUAGAAUAAAUCUUGCUGAGGAAUACCGUGCUUUAGAAUAAACCCUUUUUGAUCUUAACGCUUCUGAAAACUAGGUCUGAGUCUAUGGGAAUUUUUCCCACUCACAGGAAAAUCACUUCUGCCUAGCCAGUGUGGCUCAGUGGUUGGGCCUCAACCUAUGAACCAGGGGGUCCACCCAGGUUUGAUUCCAGGUCAGGGCACAUGCCCUGGUUGCGGGCUCGAUCCCCUGUGUGGGGCAUGCAGGAGGCAGCCGAUCAAUGAUUCCCUCUCAUCAUUGAUGUUUCUCUCUCCCUCUUCCUUUCUCUCUGAAAUCAAUAAAAAUAUAUUUUUUUUAAAAAUAACUUCCAUUAUCUGCCUCUACCCCCAAUUUGGCAGUUCAGCAUUUUACAUUUCCCUGAUACAUUGUGUAUUGUGAUCCAAAGUUACUACAAGUAAAUUUAAGAGAAUUUUUGUCUAUGACUGGAAAUAAUAUUCCAUUACAAAUUAUUAAAAAAUUUUAUUGCUUAGCUAACCAGGUUUUUUUUUUUAAUGGUUAUUUGGAAAGUUAAUGAAAUAACAAAAACAGUUUAACAAAGAAAUUUAUUCUGAAUUUCAUUUUAUUCAUUUGUUUAAUGUGGUUUUUAAAACGUUCCUUUUAGUAUUUAAUGGAAAUUUGGUUUCUGGAAAAGACAAAGGGUUAGAAUUAAUGUCCUGUAGAUACACAGAGAAUAGAUCGUAUAUUUACUAAAAGUUUUAUGUCUAGCUUGUGUAUUUUUGUUUGUUUGCUUAUUUGUUUUUAAUUCCUGAAAGACCUCUCUGGAAGGAAAAGUGUUUUUGAGAACUAAUGGCUAUUUUUGAGGACAAAAAUUACAACUUAAGCUAAUUUCUUAAACUCAGUAGAAUAACUUUCAGGACAAUACUGCCUCACAACCCUGCUCACACUGAGAAGUCUUUUUUUGUUUGUUUGUUUUCUCCUUAGCUGUUCUGACUGGAUUUUUCUACAAAAGCUAUGGAAAAUAUCUUUGUUCUUGUUUGCUGCUAUUUCCUGCCCUGUUUUGAGAACUAUACCUAGAAAUGGUGCAUCUUAACAUUUGUUUGUACAUGUAUAAAUGUCUUGUAUUUUAAUUCAUUUUUAGCAUGUAGCAACACAAAUUGUUGAAGGGUAAGCCACAACAUCUAGAAAUCAUUCAUAGAUACAAACAAUAAAGGAAAAAAUGGUACCGAUUUAGGAGGAAACAAAGCUGCUGUCCACUGGGUUCUUCUCCCGCAGCAUACAGUGACUCUUGUUGACAAAGAAGGAGAGACGUUGUUACUCUGUAAACAAAGUUUCCUUCCUUGGGAGAUUGCCACAGCCUGCUGCUUAGUUGAAUUACCAGACAUCCUCCAUUUAAGAAGCAGCGAACAUUGAAUCUCAGGGAUGGUCCUCAACUGGAUCCAAAUGUAAGGAGCCCUGUUUGAAUAAUGAGGGGGUGGGGGAGAGUGAUCCAUCCAGAAUCCGAUUUUCAGAGGUUUCCUGUACUAUUGUUUGAAACUGCCCUGUUGAUGCCCUUUCUUCCCGUUUUCUCUGUCUGCUGUCUAACCCUGUGCCUUGCCUGGGAUAAGUACAAUGAUGAGGUUACUGGUUUGGAUUGUAAGUAGAGGAAUUUAUUAAUUGGUUUAGAGGUUCACUGCUGCUUUGUCACUUUCUCAAUCAAAUUGGCCAUUUAUUUAUGAAAUAAAAAGCUGGUAGAAUCGCAUCCUCAGAUGAUUAUUGACUUGUGUCUGUGUGAAAAGACAUUCCAGUGCCACCCUAAUAUAAUGUGCCCAAGAAGUCCUCGCUGCACUCUUGGAAGUGCAAGCCACGGAAACUGGUUUAGACAUCACUUGGAGAAUAGUUGCUUUUUGACAUGGCAUCUUGCACUUUAGGAGACUAAGACCGUCCAGUUUCGUCCAUGUGUGGUGUGACCAAUGGUGUGCCCAGAGCACUGCUCUAAAAUCACUAGUGUUAGCAAGUCGUCCGGGCCAUGGGGCGCUCACUGUAGUCCUUGGAAGCUUUGGCUCUAGAUCACCAAGCCCAGUCUCCUUACUGUCAGUGCCCUGCUCUCCUGUUUGCCUCUUUCUGUUUCUGUGUGAACUUCCAGGUAAUAAUCACUCAUUAAAUAGUUUUUUGUAAAUUUAUUUAAAGAAAAACUAUUUAAAAGUAAAGGAUAUUUUGUUUGUUGACAGUGGUGGCUUGAUAAUCCUUAAGCAACUGACGUUAAAAGUGUUGGAUUGAAGGACAAGGCACUUAAAAUGGUUCCUCUUUCUGUCCAGCUGUAUAUAAAUCCAGUGUGUUAAUCAAGAUGAUGCAAAGAAGACUCUCCUGGUAGAGAAGCAACAUGUACAAAAUUGGUGGAAAGGGCUUUUUUGUUUUUGUUUUUUUCCAGUGGGGUGGGGGGAGGGCAAGCUGGAUUUACAAGUCACGACUGGACUGAACUGGCCUUUUUAUCUUUACACUAUUAUCAUGUAAGUAGCUGCUUUCUUGUCCUGCCUAUCCUUCCGUCAUCCCUAAAGCUCACUCUGAAGAUGACAAAAAUAAACACAAAAUCUUCGGGUUAGAAGUUGAUUCUGACCGACUGACACGAAGGCAAGCAUUGAUUUCAUGAACGUUUCAGAGGUGGUGUUUGGAGAAAACAGUUCCCCAGAUUGUAAGAGUUAACUGAAGAUGUUGACACAAUUUUAAAAAAUCAGUAAAGGAAUGUAUAUAAUAUUGCUCUUGUGUUUUACAGUAAGAUUUGUUGCUCUCAGACUGUGUAAAACAAAAAUUUAUUCAUGUUUUCUGCAUAUUAAAAAAUCUUAUUGUACCAAUUGGUAAACUAUUAAAUGCCUAUAAACCUA